AUGGUUUUACCCGAGAAAGAAACAGAAUCAUCAUGCCAUUCAUCGUCAAACGAAGAAACCGAUACCGGAAAGCAGACCACCGACCUUGAGAACCAGGACUCGUCUUCAACACCAGCUCGUGCGCUAUUUCCAGAAACAGACCUAGAUCAUGGCAUCGUUGGCUGGGAGGGACAAGAUGAUCCCAAGAAUCCACAAAAUUUUUCUCCUGGCAAAAAGUGGGCUUUGCUCAGCUUGAUCAGUGCAAUGACUCUGAUCUCGCCUCUUGCUUCAAGCAUGUUCUCGCCGGCGAUCUCUUUUAUGGCAGCCGAGUUCAAGGAGACCAAUGAGACAAUCCUUUCUUUUAGCGUUAGCAUCUAUCUUCUUGGGUACACAUUCGGUCCCCUUCUACUCGCCCCUCUUAGUGAAAUAUAUGGUCGUCGUGUCGUCCUCAGCGCUGCAAACUGGUUCUUCGUGAUAUGGCAAAUUGGCUGCGCUCUCGCCCAGAAUAUUGAAACUCUCAUUGUCUGUCGACUGUUUGCUGGAAUCGGCGGAUCGGGCUGCCUCACUCUAGGAGCUGGUGUAAUUGCAGAUUUAUUUCCAACCGAGCAACGAGGCAUGGCAACCUCAAUCUGGGCCAUGGGACCGCUUGUGGGACCGGUGGUUGGUCCCAUUGCUGGUGGUUUCCUUGGCGAGGCAGUUGGGUGGCGGUGGGUUUUCUGGCUUCUACUCAUUGCGGGUGGAGCAAUGUCUCUCGGUGUGGAGAUCCUAAAUCAAGAGACCUACGCGGCGGUUCUCAUCAGAUGGAAGACGGAGAAGUUGGCUAAAGAGACUGGACGAAGCGAUUUGAAAAGUGCUUAUGAAGCCGGUAAGGAGCCAGCUUCUCCCAGACAAGUUCUUAUGCAGGGUCUUAUGAGACCCUUGUUGUUAUUCUACAAAUCACCGAUCGUGCUGCUUCUUUCUCUCUAUAUGGCUCUUGUUUACGGUCUGCUGUAUCUUUUCUUCACCACCAUCUCCGAGGUUUUCACAAGCCAGUAUGGCUUCUCUGUGGGCCUAUCAGGGCUCGCAUAUCUGGGUAUUGGAUUUGGCUUCAUGGCAGGACUUGCUGGCAUUGCUAUGACCAACGACCGCCUCGUGAUGAGACUCACCAAGCAAAACGGCGGAAAGUUUGAACCCGAGAUGCGACUUCCGAUGAUGUUGAUCUUCUCAUGCAUUCUCCCAAUCAGCUUCUUUUGGUACGGCUGGACAGCCGAUAAGCAUGUCUUCUGGAUAGUGCCCAUCAUCGGAAUGUUUCCCUUUGGAUUAGGUAUGAUGGGCGUGUACAUGCCUAUUCAAACAUACGUUAUCGACUGCUAUCCCGCAUACGCAGCAUCUGCAAACGCCACCUUGACUGCAACACGCUCACUGGUUGGUGCUUUACUUCCCCUAGCUGGGCCUGCAAUGUUCGAUGCUCUGGGCCUCGGUUGGGGAAACUCUCUGCUUGGAUUUUUGGCACUGGCGUUUGUUCCACUUCCUAUAAUCUUCACUAAGUACGGAAAGGUGAUUCGAGAGAAGUGGCCAGUGAACCUUGAUGGCACCAAAUCGUGA